AUGGAUCUUGCUGUUCAAGCUAAUGUACAACCAUGGGUUAAUGGCGCUGUUGUUGUAGCCAAACCAAUAGCAGACUGUCUGGACAAUUGGUGCCUCAAGGGCUAUCCUAACAAGAUCCAUGACUCCAUGCUGUGCGCAGGGCUGGAUCAGGGGGGAGUUGAUGUUUGUCAAGGUGACAGUGGUGGUCCACUGGUCUGUGAAUACAACGGUCAGUGGUUCCUUGAAGGAGCCACCAGCUGGGGCCAUGAAUGCGCUGGUCCUAUGAAAUAUGGAGUGUACGCCAAAGUACGCUACGUUAAAAGUUGGAUUAAUCAGACUAUGAAAAGCAACUAA